AUGGACUUGGAAGAACCAGCAUCGACCGAGACUGAGCAAGCUGGUCAAUACUUGCUCACCGCAGAGGAUGCCGAGCUUUUACAGGAGAUUCUCAAGCACAAUCUCUCACAUCAGUCGGGUGAGAAACGGAAAUUCAGGUUCCAAGACCUGAAAUUCACCCGACAACUGAGUACUUUUCAAAAUUUGGGAACUACUGCCCCCCAGUUCCAUGGAUUUUUUGUUCUCUUCUGGAUGGGGGUGACCUUGAUGUUGUUCAGGCUUGCUGCCAACAAUUGGAGAACUUACGGCAGCAUAUGGGGCAAGAAUGAGAUUAUCCAUCUUAUGAUGGAUAAAGAUGUCAUGGUCCUUGGACUGACUGACUUGCUCCUUUGUUGGUCUACAGGGUUUUGUCUGAUACUACAACGAGUGAUACUCAGGGGAUACAUUCGCUGGAACGGUCUCGGCUGGCUUAUUCAGAAUAUCUGGCAAACUACAUACCUUGGAGUCGUUAUAUGGUGGACAUACCAUCGCGAUUGGCCGUGGACACACACGGUCUUUAUCGUAUUACACUGUUUGGCUAUGCUGAUGAAGCAACACAGCUAUGCAGCUUACAAUGGCUAUUUAUCGGAAAUGUAUCGCAAACGAGAUAUGCUGAAAGCAAGUCUUGGCCAAACCAAGGCCAAAGAAAGAGGACAUGCUACUUCUACCAGGACGGGCCACUCUUCUGCAAUUGAUACACAAGUCAAUGCUGAGAUCACAGACCUUAAGAGAAAAGACUUUAGGCAACGCUCUUCUGACCUACAGAACUAUUCUCGAUCUCAUGAAACCGACCAGCUUUUAUCUCUUAUUGGAACGAUAGAGACCGGUGUGCCACUUGAACCUAACCAGGUGAAAUCGCUCAGAGAACUGCUCGAGCAGGAGAUCAAGGUCUUAUCUGAGGGAUUAAAGGGCCGGUGCUCCCUAACCAACAAUCACUAUCCUCAAAACUUGACAAUAGGAAAUAUCUGCGACUUCAUGGCAUUGCCCACAUUGGUUUAUGAGCUCGAAUACCCGCGGACCAAGAAAAUUGAUUGGCUCUAUGUCGCAGAGAAAACCCUCGCCACAUUCGGCGUUAUUGUAGUUAUGAUCGCAGUCUCUCAAUCGUGGAUAUACCCGGUGGUGAUGGACACCGUGCGUAUGAAAGCGGAGGGAAUGACCGCGCAGCAGAGACUUCGGGAAUUCCCCUGGGUUCUCGGUGACUUGCUUUUUCCGUUCAUGAUGGAGUAUCUACUAGCAUUCUACGUGAUCUGGGAAUGUGUUCUCAAUGCUGUGGCCGAGAUCACCAUGUUUGCAGAUCGAGGGUUCUAUUCCGAUUGGUGGAACUCGGUCUCGUGGGAUCAGUUCGCGCGAGAUUGGAACCGUCCUGUCCAUAACUUUUUGUUUCGGCAUGUAUACCAUGGCUCCAUCAGCGAAUACCGUUUGUCGCGGGUAUCUGCCAGUCUCAUCACUUUUCUCUUAUCUGCAUGUGUACAUGAGCUUCUCAUGCUGUGCAUAUUCCGGCGGCUCCGAGGUUACCUACUAAUCCUCCAGAUGUCUCAGCUACCACUUGUUGCGCUAAGCCGGACUCGCCUGAUGAGAGGUCGCCGUUUAUUGGGCAAUGUCCUCUUUUGGCUGGGUAUCUUUACAGGGCCAACGGCAAAUGGCCAUCUGGGCGUCAUGCCAGACCUAUUCCACGGUGACCCAGUGCCGUUGAACAAUCGCCCCGCUAGCUUCGAUCUGAUCGGCUGGCUAAUAGGCCUUCUAGGUCAUCUGCCAGACCGUGUAGAACGCGUGGCUCAAGGGAUACCAAGGGAAAUAUAG